GCUCGUUUUGUUAUGCUAAUGCCGGCUGACAUCACCAGGCACAUCAAAGCCCCGAGGAGAGCAUAUAAGCAGGUUCCACCUCGGGCGGCGGCGGCAGCAGCAGCAGGGCCGGCAGGGCGAGCGAGCGACAGAGCGGGGCCCGUGGCGAGUUGCAGGCAGCAGCGAGCCGCGCAGCUGGAGCCAGGCUCGCGCGCCGGGCAGGCACGGAGGGGCGGGCGGCGUCGAGCCAGCGGCCGGGACCCCCGCGAGCGGCUGCCGCCCUUGCCGACUCGGUUGGCGCUCUGCUGCUGCUGCUGCUGAGGCUGAGCUGCCUCGGGCCGGAGCCCUCGCCCGCCGUCCCUCGCGGUGGCUGGCCGCUUGACUGAGCGCCCCGCCGCCCGCGGGCUGACCUCCUCCGGCCUCCGGGGCAACUCCGCCGACCUCUUCUGCGGGCGUCCUCCGCGCGCGAGCAGAGGAGCCGCCGGCGGCGAAGGAGAAGCGCCAGGUCGUCGCCACACCUGGAAGCCAAGGGCGGCGGUCGCGCCGGGGCCAGCGGGCAAGGGGACGGCGCGCGGGCGAGAAGGUUGUUGGGCGGCUCCUGGAGGAAACCCCAUUUUCAGAAAACGAAGGUCAUUAAGGGGGAAAAUUGCUUUUCUAAUUUAAAAGAGAGCUCUUGGCUACAGAGGAAAAGACAGAAGAUGAAGCGCCAAUUUUUGGUCGCCUUUUUCCUGACAUUCAUCUUGCAGAAUGGGACCUGCAAUGGCAUCAAAUGGUUGGCUUUGUUCAAGACCCCCCCAGUCUUGGCCUUGAAUCAAACGCAGCACUGCAAGCAGCUGGAGGGGCUGGUGGUGUCUCAGACGCAGCUGUGCCGCAGCAACCUGGAGUUAAUGCAGACCAUCAUCCAGGCCGCGCGGGAGGUGAUCAAGACGUGCCGCAAAGCCUUCUCCGACAUGCGGUGGAAUUGCUCCUCCAUUGAGUUGGCCCCCAACUACCUGCUGGAUCUGGAGAGAGGCACCAGGGAGUCUGCUUUUGUGUACGCCCUCUCCGCCGCCGCCAUCAGCCACACCAUCGCUAGAGCCUGCACCACCGGGGACCUCCCUGGCUGCUCCUGUGGUCCCAUCCCAGGUGAGACACCUGGACCUGGGUAUCGCUGGGGAGGAUGUGCUGACAACCUCAACUAUGGUCUUGUCAUGGGGUCCAAAUUUUCAGAUGCUCCCAUGAAGAUGAAAAAAUCAGGAUCACAAGCCAAUAAGCUGAUGCAUCUACACAACAGUGAAGUAGGGAGACAGGCCCUGAAAGCAUCUCUGGAGAUGAAAUGCAAGUGUCAUGGCGUCUCGGGCUCCUGCUCCAUCAAGACCUGCUGGAAGGGCCUGCAGGAGCUGCGGGACGUUGCCCAGGACUUGAAAAACAAAUACCUUUCGGCCACGAAGGUGGUGCAUCGCCCCAUGGGGACCCGCAAGCAUCUAGUCCCCAAGGACCUUGACAUCCGCCCCGUAAAAGAGACGGAACUGGUGUACUUGCAAAGCUCGCCAGAUUUCUGCAUGAAGAACGAGAAGGUCGGCUCACAUGGGACUCAAGACAGACAAUGCAACAAAACCUCCAACGGCAGCGACAGCUGCGACCUCAUGUGCUGUGGCCGCGGCUACAACCCCUACAUGGACAAAGUGGUGGAGAGGUGCCACUGCAAGUACCACUGGUGCUGCUACGUCACCUGCAAAAAGUGCGAGCGGACUGUCGAGAGAUACGUGUGCAAGUGAGAGCCCCUUCCCCGUGGCGCCCCUCCUCGCUGGGCCCGUGAGCGGAGAAGUCCCCGCCACCUUCUCCCGAGCGCUCUUCGGACUGGAGGAAAGCUCUCCGACCACCAGACCACAUCUGCCUGCAAAGCCGACCUAGGCAGAAAGCAACAAUCGCAUUUCAAGGAUGACAUUUUUAAAUCUGCCGGUAACAAGUGGAAGGUGCUCCCCCACGUCUUGAAAAAAGCAAGGGUUUUUUUUAAAAAACAACAACCCCACACUUCCUCUUGGAUGGGAUCUCCGCUGCAGAAACCAAACGACAUCAGUUCUUAGGGUUGCUGGCCAGCAUUCAGUUUUGGCGACCCCUGGCGACUGAGUGCCUUCGGUGUGCCAGGGAUUGGGGCACUUUUGCGGUGGGGGGAGUCGGGAAGCAGGCUAAUCAUACAGGAAAGCAUUGGUCUCUGUUUUGUAAUGUGAUGAACACAACCUCCCAGAGAGAAGGACGUUCAGUCCCUGACAAAGGAAACCGUUUUUUUCAUCAGUGGUUUCAAUUCUUGUUGCUCCCUGUCCCCCACUCCCACCUGAACAGAACAUUUAUUUUUUAAAUGGGUGCAUGUGUAGCCAGAGGUGUUCUUAGCCCUGGACUUUGGGGGCAAUGACCAGGGCCUCCACAGCCCCUAGGGGCCCCCAAAUCCUCCUUAGUCUGUGCAGGGUGGUGUGGCCGCCCAGCCAAGCCUGAUGGUGCUUCAUUUGCAGGGCAGCGGGGGGCCUCCAAGGGGCUUUAGGUCCAGGCUCCCCCAUUGCCUCGGUGCAGCUCUGUGUGUAGCUGGCAAGAAAGGAAGGGAGAUGCCCGUAGUCUUUGCACCAUACAAAACAAUGGGGCCCUUCUGCUCCUCUAGGAUUUAUCCCAGUGCCUUGGGCUGCCAGCUGUUUUUGCCAGAUGGACAUUUAGUGAAGCCAUGUGGGGUGGGGAGGGGAGGGUCAGAGCCCCCAUCCCAGUUCCCCAACAUGGCCCUGCCGCCCAGUCCCCUCGCUGCAGCUGCCUCCGCACCCCUCUGGCUCGGCAGUUGAGGGGGGCCAGGCCUCACCACACCAGGAGCUGGGUUUGGCCUAAAGAGCACCAGCUGCUGCUGGUCCCUAUUCCUGUGUGUGUCUCUCUCCAGCUUUAAAGACAGGAGAAUGAAGAGCCCUGGGACAAAUGAGACUCCCGUCUCCUUUCCCAACGUCUGUAAUCUGUGCCGUGGGGUUGGUACUGAGGGCUGUGUUGCAGCUCAGGGCCUGCCCCAUGCAAGGGUUCGAAACUGAUCCAAUAAGGAAGUGCAGAGACCCCGGAGAGAUGCUGUGAGUCAGUGCAGACAAUCCUGAGCUAGAUGGACCAAGGGUAACUGACUCCGCAUAAGGCAGCUUCCGAUGGGCAACAGGAGUGUCCAUAGCUCAGUGCCAGAGGACCUGCUUUUCAUGCUGCCCUUCCCUUCUCUCCAGGUAAGGCUGGGAAAGCCAUCGGGGACCCCCUGCUCACAACGCUGAGUUAGAUGGGCCCCGGGUCCGAUUCAGGAUAAGGCCGCUUCCCGUGUUCAAAAUAUGCAGCCUUCUCUUGCAAUCCAGUCUGCAAAGGCUGCAGUGUGGUAUCCCCUUGUAGCAUCAUGUCUUGGGGGCAUUCAUUUCAGUGGGCCUGUCCAGUUGACAAAGAGAAUUCAAGGAAUGGCUGGUCUCACUGGCCCGGGAGUAUGAGGACUCACACACAAUCAUGAUCCUGAACUUAAGGUCCCAUCAUUUAGAGCACUCCAAAACGUAACAUGAAAAGGGUGAUCUAUUCGCCUCCCAGGAAGCAAGCCGUUCAAAGUGGAAAAGGAGAAACCAAAAAGCCCCAUGGGUCCCAUAUGUGGUGCCUCACACAAGAACACAAAGAAAUUGCCUUAAAUUAGAGAUUUCCUGUAUUGCACUGAGUCUUGAUCGGGAAGGAUUGCUCCUCCCUCUCUCUUUGGGCUGAUUCAGAUGUCACACACGUUCCUUCUUCCUGUGCCUGUGUGGGCGGCAUCCACUUCUGAUCUUGGUUAAAAUAAACCAAGAUUAGUUGUGACAUCUGAACCAACCACUCUCAGUUUCUUCUAGCCUACUUUCUCCAAAUAAAUAAAGAUUUGUAACUUACUUAAAUCUGUGGGUACAUAUCUCAGUUUAUUUGAAGCAAGUAAGCUACCACCAGGAUUCUGGGAUCAGUUGGUUCAGAUGUCAUGACUAAUCUUGGUUCGUUUUAAGCUAGAACAGAAGUGAACGCUCACAUGGGCAUGAGUGGGGAGAGCAUAUGCUCCUAAGGCUCAGCCACUCCCUGCAAAGCCUAGCUUUAACUGCAUCUGUUCCCUGUGACAUGAACGUGGAGGUUUAUAAAUGUAAUAAAUAAAUAAAUAAGAACAUGAGAGGAGCCCAGCUGGAUCAGGCCCAAGGACCAUCAAGUCCAGCAUCCUGUUUCCCAUAGUGGCCCACCAGAUGCCUCUGGGAAGCCCACAGGCAAGAAGUGAGGGCAUGCCCACGCUCCUGCUGUUGCUCCUCUGCAACUGGUAUUCAGAGGCAUCUUGCCUCUGAGGCUGGAGGUGGCCUAUUCCCUCAGACUAGUAGCCACUGAUAGACUGUCCUCCAUUAAUUUAUUUAAGCCCUUCUUAAAGCCAUCCAGGAUGGUGGCUGUCACCACAUCUUGUGGCAGAUAAUUCCAUAGGUUAAUUAUGAGUUGCAUGAAAAAGUACUUCCUUUUGUUGGUCCUAAAUUUUUUGGCCUUCAGUUUCAUGGGAUGAGCCCUACUUCUAGUGUUAUGCGAGAGGGAGAAAAAUAUCUCUCUAAACACAUUCCACACCAUGCAUAAUUUUAUACACUUCUAACAUGUCUCCCCUCAGUUGUCUUUUUUAUUUUUAAAUUAACUAAAAAGUGUUGUCGCCUUACCGCAUAAGGAAGGUGCUCUAAGCCCCUGAUCAUCUUGGUUGCCCAAUUCUGCACCUUCUCCAGUUAUAUAAUGUCCUUUUUGAGGCAUGGUGACCAGAACUGUGCUCAGUAAUCCAAAUGUGGCUGAACCAUAGAAUUGUAUAAGAGCAUUAUGAUAAUACCAGUUUUCUUUUCAAUCCCUUUCCAAAUGAUUCCAAGAAAAGCAUGGAAUUGGCCUUUUUCACAGCUGUCGCACACUUUCAAUGAAUUGUCCACCACGAGCCCAAGAUCUCUCUCCUAGACAGUCACUGACAGCUCAGAUCCCAUCAGCAUAUAUGUGAAGUUUUUUGCCCUAAUGUGUAUCACUUUACACUUGCUAACAUUGAACCCCUUUUGCCAUUUUGUCGCACACUCCCCCAGUUUAGAGAGAUCCUUUUGGAGCUCCUCGCAAUCUGAUGUGGAUUGCACUACCUAAAAUAGUUUGGUGUCAUCUGUAAAUUUGGCUACUUUGCUGCUUACCCCAACUUCUAGAUCAUUCAUGAAUACAUUAAAAAGCACAGUCUCAGUACAGAUCCCUGGGGGACCCCACUUCUUACUCCCCUCCAUUUAGAUAACUGUCCAUUUAUACCUACCCUCUAUUUCCUGUCCUUCAAUUAGCUACCAAUCCGUGAACCUGUCCCCUUAUCCCAUGACUGCUAAAUUUUCUCAAGAGAAAAGAGUGUCUGUCCUGGCCCUAUCAAACUACACAUUGCAGUGGAGUCAGAAAGCGACUUGUCUAUAGUUUUAUGGGGCGGCUUGAUCUCAAACAUAGAUACCAAAUGGGAUGUGGAAUAUCUAGAAAAUUUCAGUAACUAGUUGUUCAAAUCCACAGAAGCACUAUAUGGGGUGUGGGCAAGAAAUACAUGACAGUGCCGGUUCUCAUGACCCACAUGAUGUCCAUUUAAUGGGAAUCUGCAAUUCCCGAGGCAUGUGUGCUCCCACAGAGCAUGACAUUAGGACCUGGAAAUUUUGGGGAAACGUAGAUUUGCACCACGGGAAAUUACAAUGAAUCUAAGAUCAUCAAUCAAGAUCUGAACUUAGCUUGAUGAUCUUAGCUGCAUUGCAGUUUCCUGCAAUGUGAAUAUGAGUUUCCUGGUGAUUUCCAGGUUCUCGCGCCAUGCUUCUGGGAACAUGCACACUUUGGGAAUCUCUGGUUAAACUAGUAUUGCACAGAUUGUGAGAACCUGCCCAUAGGUUCUCUGUGCCCAAAGAGCCAGGGACCCAUGGAGGGGAUUGUGUGAAUUCCAGACAACACGGAACAUUGCCCGUUUUAGGCAGAUUGUACCGAAGGUUUGUAAUGAGGUGCAUGCUCCCGUUAGAAUGCCAGCAUAGAACCACUAUCUGUUGUGGAUGUACAUAUUUUGUUUUGUAUGCGGAACAUACAUAAAUAUUUAUAAAGUAUAUAUCACGCUUUUCCUUCCCUCUAUUCUACUUUAUAUAAAUAUAUAAAUAUAUAUUAUAUUAUAAGCAAACUUAACGAUGGUAUGAAAUAAAGGCUAGAAUUACACAUGGAUCCAAA